UGUGUGAUUCAGGAGGAGCUGCAACCAGAGCGGUCUCAGUGGGGACUCUCUCCGCCGAGCUCACUGCUGUCCUCUCUCGCUCAGCCACUGGCCUCUUUUCAGUUUCACUCCCCUCGGCUCCCUCAUUCUUUCCUGUCCGCGACUCGCCCUGCGGGUUUCUCCAGCCUGGCUCUCUCGGAUACUGCGGAACAGCCCUGUCGUGACUCGCCGGCCGCCGCCACUGCAAGGGAAGGGGCGAACACGAGGCAGGAGGGAACGAGAGAGGCUGAGGCAGACCAAUCGAUUACUCUGAUACAGGAGAGGAGAGUCGCCGGGAGAGCAGAGGCAGUUGCAGUAUUUUUCCUUGCCGUUGCGGUUCGACAGGAGGUACUCUUUGACUUGUUUUGGAGUCUACGAAAAGCGUUUGUUUCGCAUUUUUUCCCUUGGAAACAAAGGACCGCUAUUAGUAGGAACAGAUUUUAAAAAACCGAGGACUCUUCUUCUCUCCUUUCUUCAGUACGACAUCUCCUAUCUAGACUCUGGAAGAGGACCCCUUUUAAACGAGAAGUUCGAUGUUAACCGAAUAGUUGAUCUCCAUUCUAAAUGAUAAUGCUGGACACCAACCACUGCCUGUCCUUUGAACCCUCCCCCAUGGGCUCUCCUCCAAUGCCAGAUGACAUUGAUAAGGAGGACCUGAAGAUGGAUCACGACAGGCUCGUCUAUCACAGCCUGAAGGAAGGUCGACAUAGUGGUGAAAGGGGGCGAUCUUAUAACCAAGAGACCACAGUCCUCCAACUCAAACUUCAGCAGAGACGCACACGAGAGGAGCUGGUCAGCCAAGGGAUCAUGCCACCACUGAAGAGCCCGGCAGCCUUUCACGAACAACGGAGGAGCCUGGAGCGAGCAAGGACCGAGGACUACCUGAAGAGGAAGAUCCGGUGUCGCCCUGAACGCUCUGAGCUGGUCAGGAUGCACAUUCUGGAGGAGACGUCAGCGGAGCCGUCUCUGCAGGCCAAGCAGCUGCAGCUGAAGCGAGCACGACUGGCUGACGACCUCAACGACAAGAUCUCUCACAGACCGGGUCCCAUCGAACUGGUCCACAAGAACAUCCUGUCCGUCACCUGCCCCGUGCAGCACUCACUGCUGGAUUCUCCAAAGGGAGCUGGGGGAGAGAGCUCAUCUCUGGAUGAGGACAGCAGCGAUGCUCUGUCGCCCGACCAGCUGACCAAUCACGACUCUCCCCUGAGCGCUGUCCCUCAGAUGUCCCCCUCCGAAGUGCUCACCCCAAAUGGAGACCUUUCUCCCACACAGUUUCUCACACAGCCGCCGCCGCCUCCGCCUCCGCCGCCGCCUCCUCCUCCCCUGGUGAACGGGUCAGACUCUUCCCCUCUCCCAAAAAUCACAAACGGGACAACAAUUAUGUCAGCAUCCUCCCGCUCUUCUACCGGACAGGUCAAGUCUCAGGCCAAGUCAAGUUCAGACCGUCCUCCACAGAGACCUAAGAAACCAAAGGACAGCAAGCCCAAGGUGAAGAAGCUGAAGUACCAUCAGUACAUCCCUCCAGACCAGAAGGCAGACAAGGAGCGUCCACCUCAGAUGGACUCGUCCUAUGCGAAGCUCCUCCACCAGCAGCAGCUCUUCCUGCAGCUGCAGAUUCUCAGUCAGCAACAGCAGCACUACAACUACCACACCAUUCUGCCCGCCCCUCCCAAGCCACAAACUGAGCAGCCUUCUACAACCAACUCCGGCCCCUCUCCCUCCCGCAGCGUUCACACGACCACCACCACGGCCCCCUCCAGCCAGACGGGGACUGUCCGUCAGAGCCAAACUGCAGUGGGAGGAGCCAAACCGGCCACGCUGCCAGCCAACCUGGACGAGUUCAAAGUCGCAGAGUUGAAACAAGAACUGAAAUUGCGUGGUUUGACCGUCUCCGGCACUAAGAAUGAUCUCAUUGAGAGGCUUCGCAACUACCAAGAGCAAAAUGGCGGCGCCCCGACGGGUUUGAAGAAUAGCAUACCGCAGCCAAGUCUGAAGGGCGGCACCACCACUGCUGUUAGCACCAUUACAUCUUCUCCAACCACAACUUCCACCCCUGACCACCAUCCAACAGAGGGUGGGUUCAAGUUGGAUCUGGCGUCUUUGUGUCAUGCGGUUCCCGGGCGGGUCAUGCGAUUUGGAAGCACCAGCUCCAGCCCUCCAGUUUCACCUACGCCGUCUGAGAGGUCGUUGGCUGGGAUGAGUCCAGAUGAGACGAGCUGUAACGGAGACAUGUUUGGAGAGAUGGUGAGCUCUCCCCUGACCCAGCUCACCCUCCACCCAUCUCCUCAACACCCAUCAAACGUCUCUCCGCUCUCCCAGCCACUCUCCGUAGUCAAAGAGGAGAUCCAGAGCUCAUGCUGCCUGUCCAGGACUUCGCCUUCAUCUGUCCAGCCUCCCGAGCACCAACAAGGAAUAGCCAUGGAAACGUCCUCUAUGGACAAAGACCAGAUGCUCCAGGAGAAGGACAAACAGAUUGAGGAGCUAACAAGGAUGCUGAGGCAGAAGCAAAGACUGGUUGAGACCCUCAGGUCCCAGCUGGAGCAAGGCAAGAUAGCAGGUGGGAUAGUGGUGAAGAAGGAAGGCGGUGAGAAGAACAGAGCAUCUCCAGAGGUCAAACUCCAAACUUUAAUAAAGGCCUCGGCCAUUCAACCCCCUACACUCCCUAAUGGCAUCGUGCUGAAGGUGAAGAAGGAGGUGGAGCUUGAGGAAGGAAUGGAGGGAGUGACAGAGGAGGCUCAAGCUAAGAAGCCCACCCAGCCCAUGCAGUGCUCUCAAGAGACUCUGCUCCGGCUGCAGCAGAUCCAUCGGCUGCAGGUCCAACAAGCCGAGCUGCAGAAACAGCAGCCGCAACUUAAGCAGCGGCUGAGUCAGGUGCAACUGCAUAAAGUGCCAGAGGCUAAACUGAACCCUCAAAAGCAACAGCAGCAGAAGAGAGACGCUCAAAUCCUGCUCCAGCAGCAGCAGCAACUGCAGCAGCUGAUCAUACAACAAACACAACAGAAACAACUCCUGGCCCAGCAGAAGUUAGCACAGCAGAAACUUGCCCAGCAGAAACUCGCACAACAGAAGCUGGUGCAGCAAAACCAGCUCAAGCAAAGCCAAGGGCAGGUGCAAGCUCAGCAGAAGAACCAGGUUCAGCUGAAACAGGUUCAGGUCCAGAUCCAGAACCCGACAGUGACGAACCAGAAACCGGGAUUGACCCAGAGCCAGCAGAGGAAGCAGCAGAGGGCUCAGCAAAGGCAGCAGAAACAGCAGACGGCAGCAGCUACCACACAACAGGUGACUCCAGUCACCAUCAACCAACAGAACGGCACUCCACUCCACACCCCGGCCAUUUCCCUGGACCUCCUAAAGGCUAAUGGUACACCCACGCUGGUCACAGACACCAAUGGCAAUCACUACCUGAUCGCUCUCACCAGUCACGCCACAGAGGGACAGAACGGAGUGUCCUCAUUGGCCAAAACCAACGGGCGCAUCACGCUGCAGAGAUUGCAGUCGACUCCAAGUAAACUCCCCAGUGCUGACACCCAAUCAAAAGCGAAACCAGAGGCGGAACCUGUGAGCCAACCAAUCAAAAAGGGACAGAAGGCAGGGCUGCACUUGGACACCAAUGGCGCUCCACAGCCCAGCCUCGCGGCCACCGCCCCGCCCAACCUGCAGCCGUUCUUCGACGACCUGUCAGAAAACGAAAGCCAAAGCAACCUGAUGUCAUCUCUCAAGCAGAGAGAGGAGGUGUGUCCGCCUUACGACCGGCACACACUGUUCACCCCUCCCUCUCCCAAACCCAACACCACCCUUCCUCCUCAACGCUCUAAACAGGAGAAUGGAGUGAACAGCCAGCAGAUGGACGACCUGUUUGACAUCCUGCUCAAGAGUGGAGAGAUCCCAGGCUUCAAGUCCAACCCGGACCCGUCCCUCGCCCCUCUGCACUCUGACCCACCUUCCCCGUCCGCCGCCCCGUCCCCGCUCCACCUCUCCCCUCCCUCCCCCACGGAGCCCCUCAUCUCCCCUCAGUCCUCCGUGGGGGAGCCCUGCAACAGCGGCGGGCGCCUGGAGGACUUCCUGGAGAGCACCACGGGCACCUCUCUGCUGGGCAUGGAGCCCGACGGCGGCCUGACACUGAUCGACGACCUCCACAGCCAGAUGCUGAGCACGCCCAGCAUCCUGGACCACCCUCCCUCCCCCAUGGACACGUCCGACCUGGGCUUCUCGUCUCACUCCCCGGGGCUGGACUUUGGCGACCCCACUCUAGACAGCAUGGACUGGCUGGACAUCUCCAUGGUGGGGAGCGCGAGCGGCGGGAGCGAGGGCAACGGAGGGGGGCGAGGAGGAUCGGGGGGAGGCGAAGGAGACGGGGGGACGAGUUUAGCGCCGCUCGCUCCGCACACUCCACAGAGCGUCUUCUCGACCGACUUUCUGGACAGCACAGACCUGCACUGGGAGUCGUGUCUGUAGCCCCGCCGUCGCGCGGACGCACACAGAUGGACAUGCAGUCGCUCACACUGUGUACAGACUCCGUCUUUAUUUCAUGCACAUACACAUACCUUCUCUAUGCUGUCUCUACCACUGCAGGAGUCACUGGCACAUGCAGACACGCGCACACGCAUUUACACGGUUUGCCCUGUCUUUCACUGGCUGUUACUGUAUGCAAGGUGAGGUGAAAUAAGCAAGAAAACAUAGAAGUUAAGUUCAUAGAAAGGACUUGAACAUGGUGGAACUGAAGUGGACUUUUUGAAUUUUAAUUCUAUGGGGAUCCUCGAAGCAGGUGGCGACGGCCCGGCUGACGGAAUCCCACUUCCUGUGUCCUGACCAGCAUUAUAACCAGGUUAAAUUAAACCAGCUGUAGGUCACUUCAACACAUUUCAACCCCUCUGUAAACCGUCUGACAGAUCAGACCCGAGGAGGGACUCUCUGCGACGUUUACUCUGGCUUCUAGAGAUAACGGUGUGUGUCAGUGCCUCCUAAACUUUGCACUUAUGCUGAAUCUGGUUGGUUUGAAGGGGGGGGGGGGGGGGGGGGGGGGUGUUCAGGUCAACAGCCCAAUCUUAGCACUGUUUGGCGAGGCUGAGUGAAAGCCAACACGUGUUAUGUUGAUGGUGUGUAAAGAAAGGCAGCUGUCGGUGGCCUCGUCGGCGCCCUGAGCCCCACCACACUAGUCAUAAAAAAAAAAAAACUACCAUCGUUGGUUGUUGAAAUGAACCAUAUCAGUGGCAACAGUUUGAAUUGAAGCCUCAUUAGAGGUUGUGUAUUAUUGGUAACAUUGUAGACCACUAUGUAUUGCUGUAUAUGGGGUGUAUAUUAUCAAUUGUCCAUAUGACUAUUUUUCUUUGCUGGUUGCUUUAGAGUCGAGCUGGCCGGCUGGGGAACAUAGGGUGAGGGCGGGGCUUCCAAAAUACUUGGACCUUGUCAUUUUUUAAAGAAAAAAUGUUUAAAAAAAAUAAAUAUAAAAACUCAAAAA